AUGACAGAAGCAGCCUCUGGCGAUGUACGACCAGAGAGCAAUCCUGCCAACACCACACUCAUCACUUCUCCAAGUGAUAAUCUCCCACCCUCGGACCCAAACUCCCCUCUCCAGCUUCUUGUUAUCGUCCGCAAAUUCAAGCAAUCGCCCAAAGACCCGAAACUGGGCCGCCUCGAAGAGGAAAAACGACUGGUCUUCUCGAGAGAUCGAGUGGAGAAGAUGACCUACAAUGAAGCCUCCGAAUACAUCAAAGAUAGGUCUGGCUUCAAGACCUACGGUGCUCCAGGUAAACUCAAAGCCACGUUCAUGCAAGCAGGACUCGACGAAGAUGUGAAGCCGAGCUACAUCAUGGAAGAGGAUUGGGGCUUUCUUAUUCGCCACGCUUCGGCCUUGUACAUGGAUUUCCAGCGGACGAGAGAAUGGUUCUACAGUCUGCCGACUGAGGAUCAGAACGAGAGCCGGAAGAGGUGGGGACAUGUAUGA